AAAAAAAAAAAAAAAAAGAAUGAGAGAGCUCAAAGUGGCCUGAGAAGAUGCUCUGAACACACUAACACACUAAGUGAAAAGAGGGAGGCGGCAGUGUAGAAUCUCCUCUGGGUAUCUCAGGCCUCAGUUUCCUCAUCUGGAAAGUGGGGGCCACAAUGCUACCCGCAUGACCCUCAGUGGGCCAUUCUUGCUCAAGCACGUUCUGCUUGGAGCUUUCUCAGGCUUUCUCUUGGACUGGGGCGGGCUGCUUUAUCCUCUCACGCCUCUGCCAAGGCCAUCUGGCUGCUUUGUGAGAGAGAGUCCCCGGAGGUAGGAGGUGUGGCCCGUGAGUUUCCCCACCAGACCCGGUGAGCAGCCCCUGAUUCCCACCUGCCCAGUGUAGUUCCCUGGCCCCUUUUCACUCACCCAUGCUGUGCGACCUCAGGCAAGUUCUUCAACCUCUCUGUGUCUUAAUGUCCUCAACAGUAAGAUAAAGACGUGAUUAGUAUUUACCUCCUAGACUAUCAUGCGGAGCCGAUGAGUCAAUGUUUGCAAAGUACUUAGAGCAAGGUCCAAUUCAAGGUCUGAGCUCUGGGAGUGUUUGAAUACCACGGAAUGAUAUUUAGUCUUUUCAGUGCGGCAUUGCAGGAACAAAACAGGAUGCAAAUUAUACAUCCAUGCUCAUUUAGUCUUUUGUCUAUUCUGCAAAUAUUUCCAGAGCACCUAGUGGGUGUCAGGCCCAUCCCGGUCUCUGGGGGCCUGGAGAUGGAUCCUGCCUGGCCCUGCCAGUCGCAGGUGCACAGUGGAGGUUACUGGGUGGACCCCAGUUUGUUGAGUCUUGCGUUGCUGUGAAGCUGAAAGGAAAUGCACCACCACACCCAGGUGGUUGUCUUGUAGGGGCAGAAUUCUGGGGCAUUUUCUUUUCUUUUUCUUCUUUUUUUAAAUCUCCCGGUAGUUCCCAAAGAGUCCACUCUGAAUGAUAAAAGUUACCAUUUACGGAGGCCUGGCAACGUUCUGCGCCAUCCUGAGCGUGUUCCGUGUACUUCCCUCACGGAUUCUCCCAGCAGCCCUGACAUGGGUGUUAUCCCCGAUCGAUAGAGAGGAAAACUGAGGCGAAGGGCGGCAGGCCAGGAUUCAAACCAGGGAGUCCGUCCAGCACUCCAGCUCUUAACCUCGACCGUCUGCCUCUCCGCAAACACCAGGACCAAGCACCAAGACCAAAAAAACUGUCCCACAAAGCAACAAACAUUGUACUUGGUGGCUCAGGUCCCCUUAGCUUCGUCUUAAAGGUCCUUGUUAUGCUUUCUCUGAGUGCCCCAGUGGGGAGUGGUCUUCGUGUUCAUGUAAGAGUGCAGGAGUCAGGGGCUGUGUCUUUUCUUCUUGUCCCCUUCCAAGAGGGGACAUGUAUCCUUGAUACUGGAAGGGCCCUCAAGGUCUAGCCCUGGCUCUCUGUCUCCCUUCAUGGCACAGCAGCCAAGUACCCAUUCUCCUGUCUUUGAUUACCUCCAGUGACAGGGAGCUCACUCCUCAACAUUUAUUUUAUUCUGAAGAAAAUUCAGGCUCUUAAAUAGUUCUUCCUACAUAAAAUUUUUUAAAAAAGUUUUUACUUCCUCUCAAAGUCACAUAAACAAGUCCCCUGCUUUGGGGUCCUGAGGCAGGACCUGGCUAAUUCGUCUCUAUGUCCCCCUAUAGUGAGGAGCACAGGGCCUGCUAGUAGGUACUAUUAAAUGCUGCACCAGGAAGCAAGUGGCUAGGGGGUGGGCUGGUUGGGCCCCCAUAAAGCCUCGGGCUGCAGGUAACCAGGUCAGCAGGUCCUGCGGGACACCAGCUGGGUGAGUGCUGAUGGGCACCGUGACCUCAAUGGAAUGGGUUGCCAUGGAAACUGACUUUCCCUAUCCCCAGGUUCAUUGACGUGUCCCUCAGGAGACUGUGGUAAUCCCUUGGGCUGUUGAGCAGGUCUCCCCAGGGCCUCCCCAACCCCACAUUCUCAGAGCUGGGUGGUCCCCAGGGAGCAUGCAAGCCAUAUCCCCAUUGUGCAGCUGGGUAGCCAGAGGCCCCGUGGACACAGGGGACAGGCUGAAGUUCACACAGGCAGGGGGCGUCUCAUAGCUGGACUGGGUGCUCAGGGCAAACAGUCUUGCCUGAGGACCCAGCCAGUGGGUGUUUUCCCCACUCAUGGGUUCUCAGAGGAAAUUCUGGACUAAUUCCCAGGCCUUCUGCCUCCCUAGAGAAUAAUUGGAACCCACCUCCCCGGUGUGUCCAGGAUCACACAAUAUCAAUAACGGCUGAGGUGCAGGGUGACCUGCUAUGCCCCUAGCACUCUACAGUGCCUCAUGCACUUACCACAAUGACCCCAUCGUUACAGAUGGGGAAACAGGGCAUAGAGAGAAGUGAAGUCACAUGCCUAAGGUCACAUAGUUAUUUAGGGUUAGAGCCAGGAUCUGGACGUGGAGAGCCUAGCUCCAGAGCCACGCUCAGCGCCAUGCCAUACCCUGCCUCACUCUUGCUUUGAGAGGGUUGAAAGAGCUUUGGGAGGGUUGAAGGGUACUUUAGGUCUAGGAGACUCAGCACUGGGCCAGAGCCACAGUCUGAUGGACAGUGAUUGGAGAGUGGAUGCCAUUGGGAUUUCUCUUUCUAACGACAUCCUCAAAACAGUGCUGAGAUGUCUGCUUUAUCCCUGCUUUGCAGAUGAGGACACUGAGGCCCAGAGAGGGGAAGUCACUUGCCUAGGGACACACAGCGGGGAGAGGUGGAGGAGGGCUUCUAGUUCGAGACCCCUGACUUCACACCUGGUGUUUGUGCCAAGACUCCAGGCUGCCUCCCAGGUCCUCUGGGACAGCCCCUGCCUUCUACCAGCCAGGACCAUGGGCAGCAACAAGAGCAAGCCCAAGGAUGCCAGCCAGCGGCGCCGCAGCCUGGAGCCCGCCGAGAACGCGCAUGGCGCUGGCGGGGGCGCUUUCCCCGCCUCCCAGACCCCCAGCAAGCCAGCCUCGGCCGACGGCCACCGCGGCCCCAGCGCGGCCUUCGCCCCCGCGGCCGCCGAGCCCAAGCUGUUCGGAGGCUUCAACUCCUCGGACACCGUCACCUCCCCGCAGAGGACGGGCCCGCUGGCCGGUGGAGUGACCACCUUUGUGGCCCUCUAUGACUAUGAGUCUAGGACGGAGACAGACUUGUCCUUCAAGAAAGGCGAGCGGCUCCAGAUUGUCAACAACACAGAGGGAGACUGGUGGCUGGCCCACUCGCUCAGCACGGGACAGACAGGCUACAUUCCCAGCAACUACGUGGCGCCCUCCGACUCCAUCCAGGCCGAGGAGUGGUAUUUUGGCAAGAUCACCAGACGGGAGUCAGAGCGGUUACUGCUCAAUGCGGAGAACCCGAGAGGGACCUUCCUCGUGCGAGAAAGUGAGACCACAAAAGGUGCCUACUGCCUCUCAGUGUCCGACUUCGACAACGCCAAGGGCCUCAAUGUGAAGCACUACAAGAUCCGCAAGCUGGACAGCGGCGGCUUCUACAUCACCUCCCGCACCCAGUUCAACAGCCUGCAGCAGCUGGUGGCCUACUACUCCAAACACGCCGAUGGCCUGUGCCACCGCCUCACCACUGUGUGCCCCACAUCCAAGCCUCAGACUCAGGGCCUGGCCAAGGAUGCCUGGGAGAUCCCUCGGGAGUCGCUGCGGCUGGAGGUCAAGCUGGGCCAGGGCUGCUUUGGCGAGGUGUGGAUGGGGACCUGGAACGGCACUACCAGGGUGGCCAUCAAAACCCUGAAGCCUGGCACGAUGUCUCCAGAGGCCUUCCUGCAGGAGGCCCAGGUCAUGAAGAAGCUGAGGCAUGAGAAGCUGGUGCAGUUGUAUGCUGUGGUUUCGGAGGAGCCCAUUUACAUCGUCACAGAGUACAUGAGCAAGGGGAGUUUGCUGGACUUUCUCAAGGGGGAGACGGGCAAGUACCUGCGGCUGCCUCAGCUGGUGGACAUGGCUGCUCAGAUCGCCUCAGGCAUGGCAUACGUGGAGCGGAUGAACUACGUCCACCGGGAUCUUCGUGCAGCCAACAUCCUGGUGGGAGAGAACCUGGUGUGCAAAGUGGCCGACUUUGGGCUGGCUCGGCUCAUCGAAGACAAUGAGUACACGGCCCGGCAAGGUGCCAAAUUUCCCAUCAAGUGGACAGCUCCGGAAGCUGCCCUGUAUGGCCGCUUCACCAUCAAGUCGGACGUGUGGUCCUUUGGGAUCCUGCUGACUGAGCUCACCACGAAGGGACGGGUGCCCUACCCUGGGAUGGUGAACCGCGAGGUGCUGGACCAGGUGGAGCGGGGCUACCGGAUGCCCUGCCCACCGGAGUGUCCCGAGUCCCUGCACGACCUCAUGUGCCAGUGCUGGCGGAAGGAGCCUGAGGAGCGGCCCACCUUCGAGUACCUGCAGGCCUUCCUGGAGGACUACUUCACGUCCACCGAGCCCCAGUACCAGCCCGGGGAGAACCUCUAGGUGCAGGCGGGCCCAGACCGGCUUCUCGGCUUGGAUUCUGGGCUGGGUGGCCCCUGUCUCGGGGCUUGCCUCGCUCUGCCUGCCUGCUGUUGGUCCUCUCUCUGUGGGGCUGAAUUGUCAGGGGCGAGGCCCCUCCCUCUUUGGUGGCAUGGAAGGGGCUUCUGGACCUAGGGUGGCCCGAGAGGGUGGCAGGCGUGCGAGACCAGCACAGUGACUCUGUCCGGCUCCCGCUGUAGCCGCACGCUCCUCCCCGCACUCCCUCCUGGAGCUCUGUGGGUCUCUGGAAGAAGAACCGGGAGAAGGGCUGGGUCCGGGGCUGAGGGUGCCCUUUUCCAGCCUCAGCCUACUCCACUCACUGAACUCCUUCCCCACUUCUGUGCCACCGCCGGUCUAUGUCGAGAGCUGGCCAAAGAGCCUUUCCAAAGAGGGCCCUGGCCCUGCCUGCCUGCCACCCUGCCCCUCGCCAUCCGUUCUGGAAACACCUGUAGGCGGAGGCUGCUGAGACAGACCCUCUGCCGCUGCUCCCAGGCUGGGCAGCACGAGGCCUCGCCUGACCUGAUGAUGGUGGGUGGGUGGGAUGAGUACCCCCUCAAACCCUGCCCUCCUUAGACCUGAUGGACCCUUUGAGAUCAUCACUUCCUUGCCCCCAUUUCACCCAUGGGGAGGCAGUCGAGAGAGGGGAUGUGACAUGCCCAAGGCCACGGAGCAGUUCAGAGUGGAGGUGGGCUUGGAACCUGGUGCUCCCUCUGUCUUCCUCAGGAACCAACAGUUCGUCGGAGGAAUCACGGAAAGACUGGGACAGUCCAGGAGACAAGGGGUCUGAGGAUGCAUUCAAGACGGCAGAUUCCCACUGCCGCUGCCCACUCAGCCCAGCUGUCGGGAACAGCAUGGAGGCAGAUGUGGGGCUGAGCUGGGAAUCAGGGUGAAAGGUGCAAGUGUGGAGAGAGAGGCUUCAAUCAGCUUGUGGGUGAUUUUUGACCUUCAGAGCCAGCCGGCCAUGAAAGGGAGUGAGCCCCGGGGCUCUGGAGGCAAUCAAACAGACAUAGAAGAGCCAAGAGUCCAGGAGGCCCUGGUCCUGGCCUCCUUCCCCGUACUUUGUCCUGUGGCAUUUCAAUUCCUGGCCCUGUUCUCCUCCCCAAGUUGGCACCCUUUAACUCAUGAGGAGAGAAAAGAGUGCCUAGGCAGGGGUGAAAGAGGACGUGUUACCCACUGCCAUGCACCAGGACUGGCUGUGUAACCUUGGGUUUCCCCUGCUUUCUCUCUGGGCUGCAGCGUCUGCCCCACAUGUGGCCAUGGCCUCUGCAACUGCUCAGCUCCAGUCCAGGCCCUGUGGCAGGACAUCCAUGGUGAGCCCAGCCCUGGGACGUCAGGAGACUGGGCUCUGGCUCUGUUCAGCCUUAGGGUGUGUGGUAGAUUCUCCCUGGGCCUCAGUGUGCCCAUGUGUAAAGGGGCAGCUGACAGUUUGUGGCAUCUUGCCAAGGGUCCCUGUGUGUGUGUGCGUGUGCAUGUGUGUGUGUCUCCAUGUGCGUCCAUAUUUAACAUGUAAAAAUGCCCCCCCUGCUCCGUCCCCCAAACAUGUACAUUUCACCAUGGCCCCCUCGUCAUAGCAAUAACAUUCCCACUGCCAAGGGUUCUUGAGCCAGCCAGGCCCUGCCAGUGGGGAAGGAGGUCAAGCAGUGCCUGCCUAUGAAAUUUCAACUUUUCUUUUCGUACAUGUUUAUUACCCAAGUCUUCUCCCGUCCAUUCCAGUCAAGUCUGGGCUCACUCACCCCAGCGAGCUCUCAAAUCCCUCUCCAACUGCCUAAGGCCCUUUGUGUAAGGUGUCUUAAUACUGUCCUUUUUUUUUUUUUUUUUUUAACAGUGUUUUGUAGAUUUCAGAUGACUAUGCAGAGGCCUGGGGGACCCCUGACUCUGGGCCGGGUCUGGGGGUCCCAAAUUCCAAGGCCCAGACAUGGGGGGGUGGGGGUAUCCAGAAUUGGUUGUAAAUACUUUGCAUAUUGUCUGAUUAAACACAAGCAGACCUCAGAAUUUGAUCAACAGUUUAUUGAACAUCUACUGUGUGCUGGAGAGCGAGAUGGGGCGGAAUAUGCGAGAAUAAACUGCCCCUCGAGGGGUCUUUGGGCAGUACUAGUAGCUGGAGGGCUUCAGGCCAAGGCAGGGGUGACAUGAUCAGACUGGAGACAGCUACGGCAGAAUGUGGCUGUUUGUGCACAUCUGCACCUGUGUUUGGGGGUGAGCACCUGGGAGAAGGACAAGGCACAUCACAGGACUUCCCCGAGCAUGACAAGUUCAGGACUCAAAUGUCCAUGGUGGAUGGUAGCAGUGACACUGGGGAGUGGGUGGGGCUGUCAGGCCUGCCUAGAGGAGAUCACAAAUACACGACGAGAAUGCCACUGUGUGUGCUCUUUACGUGUUUCCUAGGAGUGCAGGGCAGGGGUGCUGGAUCCAUCCACAAAAGUCCUGAAAAUGCUGAAGAAACACCAAAGACCCUUCCCCUCCUCCCUCCUUCCCCACCACCAAAGCACGCAGUCUUGAAGGUUGAUUUGCAACCGUCUAUACGAACACAUUUAUUUUACACAAAUAUACAUCAGAUCACACACCUGUACACUGGAGUCAACUCUGGCUGCAACAUUGCUUAAUUAAAAACGAAUUUCAACAA